UGUUGUUACAAUUAAUCGAGAAUGGAGCCUUCAAAAGCUGGUGUUAAAACGCGAUUAGUGCGCUGCUGAAAGCAUUCAAUACAAUCGAAAAUGAUUGCCGUGGUCGGUUAUUUAAUCUCCUUAAUAUCGCUAUCAACAUCACUGGUAGACGAUUUCCCGAUACUAAGCCAGCUGAACUGCGCCGAAUGUCCCAGUGUGUACGCCCCGGUGUGUACCAACGGCGACCUGACAUUCACCAACGAGUGUAGAGUACAAUGCUUCAACGACAAGCUGCGCGAGCAGAAUAGGCCCCUCCUUCAUGUAAUCUAUUAUGGCACUUGCGUGAGUACUUUCGUGCAAAUCGGCGUACAAGUUGCAGGCGAUGUCGAUAUACAGGAUGGAACAUUUCUAUAGGCUGAGCUGAAUUGUCUUUGUGAUCUUUGACUUUGUGAUCUACUCACAAAGCCCUUUCAUUUGGGACCCCAC